AUGAAGCAUAAAUAUAGAAUGAAGGAAGCCUAUAAGGAGUUACAAAAACAUAAUAGCCGUGUUGGGUGGAAGAGUAUUACUUAUCACAAUAUUGCCAGGCCUCGGGCUAUGUUUAUCCUAUGGAUUGCUUGUAAUGGUAGGUUGGCUACCAAGGAUAGGCUCAGGAAAAUUGGAAUUUUGACUGAUGAUGCUUGCUGUUUCUGCCAGCAGCACGAAACUAUACAACAUUUACUUUUUGAGUGUAACAGGAGCAGAACUAUAUGGAGAGAAAUUCUGGUAUGGUUGCACAUUCCACAUGAGCCCAAAACUUGGGAUGCUGAGCUGGAGUGGGUCACGCAGAUGUGCAAGAGAAAGAACUGGAAAUCACGUAUUCUUGUUUGUGCUUUUGCAGAAACCAUAUAUGCUAUCUGGAAGGUAAGGAAUGACACAAUUUUUGGGCAUGCUGUGAAUAAUGGAAUUGAAAAAGAUAUUAUAGAUACUAUAGUCUAUAGAUGCUGGGAGCAUGAAAAACUCAGGCCUCAUUUAGCAUCUUUAAUGAUAUAG